GUUGCAUUGGUGAGACCAUUGACGCUGUAAUACCUCUCAAAAGAUGCCUCAAACCGGCCAGAAAGAUUACUGAUAAUACUUCAAGUGGAAGUAACAUUUUCAAGGAACGCUUUCUCCAACCAAAUUACAGGUUUACUUCCUCCGCAAUAGCAAUUGAUGAUGUCAAGUUCAGUUCUUUGGUCACUGGCAAAAAGCGCUUAGUUUACGUACCAUCAAAUCUUGGUGAAUUGAAUCAGUAG